ACAAUUCUUAUAAGUAUCGGUUGGUUAGCUAAACUGGGUCCUGGACUGUCAGGUGCUGAGAGCAGUGACAGCUGAAAAUACUGUUGUACCCAUAGCUGUGCGUUGAAUAUAAUCGCCACAAUGUUCGAGGAGGCUAGUGAAGUGUUCGAUAAUAUGUUUAAAUCUUCAUUUCCCCUUACCUUUAUUGUGUUUAUCCCCGCGGUACUGAUCCUAGUGUCACCGCUCCCGGCCGAGGCGGCACAUGAGUUCACGGUGUACCGCAUGCAGCAGUACGACCUGCAGGGACAGCCAUACGGUACCAGGAAUGCCAUCCUGAACACAGAGGCCCGCACUGUGGAGGCAGAGGUACUAAGUCGUCGCUGUGUUAUCAUGCGGCUGGCAGACUUCUCCUAUGAACAAUACCAGAAAGCCCUGCGCCAGUCAGCCGGGGCUGUGGUCAUCAUCCUGCCCAGGAACAUGUCUGCUGUACCCCAGGACAUUGUACAGCAGUUCAUGGAGCUGGAGCCAGAGAUGUUGGCUACCGAGACAAUCGUCCCCAUCUACUUUGCCAUGGAGGACGAUGAGCUCCUGUCCAUCUACACCCAAACCCUGACCUCCUCCUCCUCUCAGGGUUCUUUAUCUGCAGCUGAAGUGCUGCUGCAUACAGCCACAGCCAACGGUUUUCAGAUGGUCACCAGUGGAGCUCAGAGUAAAGCUAUCAGUGACUGGGCCAUUACCAGUUUAGAGGGUCGUCUGGCUGGAGUUGGAGGCGAGGACCUGCCCACUAUAGUCGUGGUUGCUCACUACGACUCUUUUGGUGUUGCUCCAUGGCUGUCGUUUGGCGCAGACUCAAACGGUAGUGGAGUGUCCAUGUUACUAGAGCUGGCUCGUCUUUUCUCCAAACUUUACACCUACAAGAGGACACAUGCUGGGUACAACCUGCUGUUCUUUGUAUCUGGUGGUGGGAAGUUUAACUACCAGGGCACCAAACGUUGGUUGGAGGACAAUCUGGACCAUACGGACUCCAGUUUGCUGCAGGACAACGUGGCCUUUGUGUUGUGUCUGGACACUCUAGGGAACGGAGACUCUCUGCACCUCCAUGUGUCCAAACCUCCCAAAGAGGGAACCCCUCAGUAUUCUCUGCUCAAGGAGCUGGAGUUGGUGGUUGCUAGUCAGUACCCAGAGGUCAAGUUCUCGAUGGUCCACAAGAAGAUCAACCUGGCUGAUGACAUGCUGGCCUGGGAGCACGAGCGAUUCGGGAUCCGCCGGCUGCCGGCCUUCACGUUGUCCCAUCUGCCUUCCCACCGUCUGGCGCAGCGCUCCAGCAUCAUGGACGUGCGGUCAGUGUCCCCCUCCUCUCGCCACGGAGCGGGAGAGCCCCCUGCUGGGCCUCAUGUAGAUGUGAAGAAACUCAGUAGAAACACCAAGGUGGUAGCAGAGGCACUUGCCAGGGUCAUUUACAACCUCACCGAGAAGGGUGCCCCCGGAGACCUGCAGAUCUUCACUGAACAAAUGCAAGUUCAAGAAGAGCAGUUAUCAGCGGUGGUGGACUGGCUCACAGCACAGCCUCGGGCCGCUCAGCUGGUGGACAAAGAUAGCAACGUGGUGUCCACUCUGGAGUAUCACCUCGGACACUACCUGAAGGACGUCAAGAGACACUACGUGAAAGCUGACAAAAGGGAUCCCGAGUUUGUAUUCUACGACCAGUUAAAGCAGACUAUGAAUGCUUACAGAGUGAAGCCUGCGAUAUUUGACUUGUUGCUGGCCGUCUGCAUUGCAGCCUACUUGGGGAUGAUGUAUUUGGCCAUCCAGAACUUUGGAGUGCUGUACAGUGUUGUCCGUAGAAUCACCCAACCCAAGACGAAGGCCCACUAAGGCGCGCAACGCGUCAUUUUUUUUCUUUUCUUUUUUUUUCUUUUGGACGCCACAUCCCACAGUUUUCUUCAGAUCAAAAAACUUAAGCCAGUAAGGAUGCGGAAGCUUUGCCGAGCUGCUGUUCCCAUGAUGGUUUUCAAACCAGCAGAAUCACUUCCAUUUCCUUCAUCCUGAUCCACAAACUAUGAUGUCAGACCCUGUCCUGCUGCCAACUUAAUCCAUUUGGUCUCAUGGACCAGACUAAUCAGGAAUCAUUUUUCACUCUCCCUGUCUUCGUUACUACGGACAUCUUGUGUUUCAUUUACGAUGAUCCCUUGCAUUGGACAUAUUUCAUUAUUCUCUUGUGAGGGAUAUCAAGCAUUGGUCAGAGAGUUAGUGAUGUUGCUGUACCACUGAUCGCUCUUCAUUCCUCCUCUCAGUAUACUGUACGAGUGAUCGCCUUGCCAAACCCACGUCAUGUGUUGUCUCAGGCAGCUGCAGGGAGAAACUGACCACACAGAGUUUAGCCCAGAAUUUCUUUAGACGAGAGAUGUGUUCACUGAGCUUGUUGCUAAAGGAUAGGUACGCAUUUUUUUUCAUAAUGAUCGUAUUUCCAUAAAACGCUGAAAGAAAUAUUGGUCACUGUAGUUGUCCUUUUCUCUCCAUACUGACCCCACUGAAGCCUCAUUUCGGCUUCAGAUGAACUGAAGAAUUAAUUUUUGUGUAGAAAGAACUGUGGAGUUUGUCUUCCACCUCCUUAGGGCUGCAACUAAACAUUAUUGUCAUUAUCGACUGAUCUGGCGAUUAGUUAUUCUAUUAAUCAAUUAAUUAGAGUAUGAAAUUUUGAAAAAUGCUGGUUGAUUGAUUAAUUGACUUUUCAUCGUCAUUUCAACCCUACAUUCCUUGCAGUGUAGUUGUGCUGUAAAGGGAGCUCUUCAGAACCAGUACGGAGACCGGGAACCGUCACAGGGACCAGUAACUUUCAGCAUACAUGUGGGCACGUGAUUAUUGUGACGAGGCAGACUUACAGUCUAAACUUGCCCUGUUAAAUGCUCGGUGAAAAAAAAUACAAUUUACGGAUAAGAAAAGUUGUUGAAGUAAAAUGUGAAGUAGUGUUUAGAUGAUCCUGAUUCCAUUGCCCUGGUAGUGACUUUUAUUGAAGAAACAUUCAGUGAAAUGGGGAAAAAAAAAAUCCUUGCCAAAUAAUUAUUGUAUGCAUUAAUCUCCCUCUUACUUCCUGUUUAUAUAUAGAUAUAGAAAUUUAAAGUAAAUUUCACACCGAAUUUUUCCUUCUUGUGUGUCAUUUUGUUUUGUAGUGUGUAGGUUUGUUUUCUGUUGCUGAGUGACCUGGUUUGUCUUAUAUUUAUCACUCAAGUCUUUCCUUUUUUUUUUUUUUUUUUUUUAAAUCCUGAAUUUACCACAAAAAAAAAAAAAUCAUGUUGCGAACACUCAAGCUGACAGCUCACGUUAUAAAAGGUCACUUGCAGAAAAACAUGUUUCUUUUUUUGGUCUUGUCUAAUCAGUGGACAUGUGUAUGAAGUAUGUCAGAGUACAACACAUCACGACAAGAUAAAACUUACCCUUUUACUCCUUUUUAUCAGUAGAAAACGUGCUGAAUUUGACCUUUUGCCAACUGUAGCAAUACUGUGAUUCGACUUGGACAUUUUUAAAGCCUUGUUAAGAUUUCAGUCAAGCCAACACUGCAGUAUUUCUACGCUGGAUGUCUUAAAACGGGCAAUAACACAUAGGAUGAUGGGGCAAAAUAUAUUACUUUCAUGAGAUAAUGGUGAGUGUAAAAUUAAUGCUGCAGUGUUUCCUUGACCCCUUCUCUUCCCUGAUCUUGCCUUGUGGGUGACUGGUGUCCAUUUGCUGUUUUGUAUUUUCUAUGUGUUACUGCAUGACCUGUGACUCCACCAUCCGCACCGAUUCUUUUUUUCUGUCUUUUUUUUUUUUUUUUUUUAAAUUUUACCAUCACGAGGGAAAUACUGUGUGGGUUCAUAUGAAUUGUUAAUUUAUUGAAACAGUUCGUUUUCAUUUGUGCACUGAAAUGAACUCUCCUCUGGUCUGAACUCUGUUUUCACCUCAUCCACAACACUUGAUCUUUGCAAUGAAAAUGAUAUCAGUUGUGAUUAAAAAUAAAUUGGGGAAAAAAAAAAA